AUGGCAUUCAUUACAUUGCAAUUGGGCCAGUGUGGAAACCAAAUUGGCUAUGAAUUGUUUGACGUCCUCUGCAAUGAUUUCUAUAGCAAUGGACUGUGCUCCAAGAAAGAAAAUAACUAUUACCAGGCAGUUUCCAAGGAUAGAUUCUUUGAAGAGACUGAAUCUGGAGAAUUUGUAAGUCGAGCAGUGCUUCUUGAUAUGGAGCCCAAAGUUAUUACUCAGACUUUAGCACUUGCAGCCCGGUCUGGUAAAUGGACUUAUGAUGAGAAAUCACAGUUUUCCCAGAAACAAGGAUCUGGGAACAAUUGGGCUCAUGGUUACUGUGUACAUGGCCCUAAAUAUCAAGAUCUUGUUAUUGACUUGAUUAGAAAGCAAGUAGAAAAAUGUGAUCGAUUGGGUGGUUUCUUCAACAUAAUGAGCAUGGCUGGUGGCACUGGUUCAGGCAUGGGAACAUUCAUCACAAAAUGUUUACGAGAUAUCUACCCUAAUUCACUUCUGCUUAAUGAAGUUAUUUGGCCUUAUGGUACUGGAGAGGUGAUUGUUCAAAAUUACAACUCCAUCUUGACUCUUUCUCACCUUUAUCUAACCUCUGAUGCUCUGCUAGUUCAUGAAAAUGACAUCAUUCACAAAAUCUGUUCCCAGCUGAUGAAUAUUAAACACAUUACCUUUAAGGAUGUUAAUAAAGUCAUUGCACACCAACUUGGCAGUGUGUUUCAGCCUGCUUAUACCUCAGAGAGUUCAUAUUACAGCAAAAAUCAUCUUGGGGAAUUAAUGGAGUGCUUGGUUCCACACCCUGAAUUUAAGAUGCUAGGUCUCCGUAACAUUCCUCAGAUGUCUGAACACUCCCUGGCAUACAGCACAUUUACUUGGCAUGGGCUCAUCAAGCAUUUGAGACAAAUGCUCAUUGCUAAUGCAAAAAUGGAAGAAGGUAUAAACUGGCAAAUUCAGCCCCCAUCACACCAUAAAACAGAGAAGAUUUCCUUGAAAACUGGACUUCAGUUUAAUAGAUCAUUGGCUAACCUUGCUAUAUUUCGGGGAAAGGAUAUUGAGUCUGCAUCUCCUGAUGGCUUCCAAGACUCAGGAUUGUAUACAUCAUGGUUAUCACCAGAUGAUGCAUUCACAAUUUGGAAAACACCAAGAGCUUUCAACAGAUAUGAGAAGUCAGCUACUUUAGUGAGCAAUAGUCAGUGCCUGCUAAAGCCUUUGGAUACUAUUGUAGAAAAGGCUUGGAAUAUGUUUGCAUCAAAAGCAUAUGUUCAUCAAUACACAAAAUAUGGCAUUGAUGAAGAAGAAUUCCUGCAGUGUUUUACAACACUUGAACAAGUUAUUUCCAGCUAUACCAAUUUAUGA